AUGAAUAUAUGGAAACGAGCUUCCGUAGCUCUCAAGGACGGAACUAGCCUCAUCGCAGCGGACGACCUUCUCAAGGCAGCCGUCGUCAAAGCCACGAACCACGACGAGUUCUCCGUCGAUCCAGAGAACGCUCUCUUCAUCUACCGCCACGUCCGCGCCACCCCGGCCAGCCUCAAGCCUCUCAUCAGCGCCAUCUCCUCCCGCGUCACGCGCACGCGAAGCUGGGUGGUGGCGCUGAAAGGCCUGAUGCUGAUGCACGGCUUCUUCCUCUCCAAAACCACAGCCGCGGAGUCGAUCGGACGGUUACCGUUCGAUCUCUCCGCGUUCGGCAGCAGCAGAGAAGGAGGAAACUCCUCCCGCGCGAGCAGCAGCAGAUCAGGCGGGUUCAACCUCUUCGUUCGCGCGUACUUCGCGUUCCUCGACAGGCGAUCGAUCCUCUUCCACGACGGGAGUUCCCGCCACCGUUACGACGAGGAGUCGUCGGUGAUGAUAAGGCUGGUGAUCAUACGGAAGAUGCAGGUGGUCAUCGACUCGCUGGUUCGGAUCAAACCGAUCGGGGAGAGCAGCGUGAGGAUACCUGUGAUCAGCGAGGCGAUGGAGAACGUGGUGAGCGAGAUCCUUGAGAUAUACGGGUGGAUCUGCCGAAGGAUCGCGGAGGUGCUGCCGAACGUGAACUCGAAGUCGGGGAAACGGCAGGCUGACGUGGCGCUGAAGAUCGUGGCGAAGUCGAUGACGCAGGGGGAGGAGCUCGUCAAGUAUUUCGUGUUCUGUAGAGAUCUUGGGGUGGCGAAUGCUCAGGAGAUUCCUGAUUUCGUGAGGAUUCCGGUGGAUGACGUGAUUCAUCUCCAUGAGAUCGUGUGGACGGAUAAAGAGGAAGAAGAGCGAGGAGAAGAGGCGGAGGAGUGUGAGAACAGUGAGGAGAGGACGAAGUGUGUAGAAGGAGAAGGAGAAGAAGAGGAGGAGAUGGAGCGUGAACUGAUUCAUGAAAUUGAUGAUUUGAUAAAACUUGAUGAUGAGGAGAUUGUGGAGGAUAAGGAGGAGAAGGAGGAGGAGCCUUCACCUGUUCCUCCUGUAGUUGAUGUUCCAGACUUAAUUAGCCUCUAAAUAUGUUUAUAUUUUCUUGUAUUAAUUUACUUGGA